AAAACAUGUAACGAAGGGGGGAUGUUAUGUGUGGGCUGUCCACUUCAGGGACAGAAAUAGCCUCCCUCGUGCACACGUGUGCGUGCAUGUGAGGUGGUCACGUGCUCUAAACAGGACAAAAACAAAGCGCGCAGCCAAUCACAGAGCAGAUGUGAGCCAUCUGCAGUGAGUCGGAGUUUUGAGACAGUCACAGGGAAAUCCGUCAGUGUGGUACUGACAGCGGAGAUCCAGAAAGCUGCAGUGCGUUAAACAUGCCUGAUGUCCCGCCUGCAGCUCCGGAGAUGUCCCGGAAAAGAGGCGCGGACCCCGGGGCUCCUCCAGAGCUCUUGCCGGAGAGGAAGAAGACCUGCUGGGGGAUCCUGACCAGCCAAGGUUCAUGGGCUGAUCGUUCUCCUCUUCAUGAAGCAGCGUCUCAGGGUCGACUUCUCGCCCUGCGCACUCUGCUUGCCCAGGGUUAUCACGCCAACAUCGUCACCAUCGACCACGUGUCUCCUCUGCAUGAAGCGUGUCUGUCAGGACAUGUGGCCUGUGUCAGAGCGCUGCUCAACGCUGGAGCUAAUGUUAAUGCAGCCACCAUCGACGGGGUGACUCCUCUGUAUAACUGCUGUACCUCUGGGAGUGUUGGCUGUUUGGAGCUGCUGCUGCAGAACGGAGCUCACACACAUACCACACACGCACACUUCCCCUCGGCCCUGCACGAAGCCUGCAAGAGAGGUAACAGUCAGUGUGUGGAGAUUCUGCUGUCUCAUGGAGCUGACCCAGACUACGAGGUGUCUCACCUGGGCUCGCCUCUCUACAUGAGCUGUUUACACCGACACACCGAGUGCUCCAAGAUUCUGCUGCACACAGGCGCCAGAGUGAACGUCGGUCGAGGAGCGGACAGUCCUCUCCAUGUGGCGGUCAGAGCGGGCGGAGCUGAUCUGGUGUCACUGCUUCUGGAGUAUGGAGCUGACGUGAACAUCAGAGACGGGAACAAUCAGCGUGCUGUGGAGCUGGCUGCCACUGGUGGUCAGACACAACAGCUGCUGCAGAGCUUUGAAGUGUCUCCGAGGACUCUCUGCCAGCUGUGUCGUCUGCAGAUCAGGUCACUGAUUGGUCGGUCCAGACUGAAGCUCCUCCCCGUGCUUCCUCUGCCCCCCCUGCUCACGGAUUACCUGGAUCACACGUAGGAAGCGGAGGGAAACACCCGCAAUACAACACUAAACAUGUCUUUAACAGUUUAAACACACAUAAACAUAUCACCAUGGUAACCGUGUGUUACAUCAUCAUGGCAUCACAUUAUGCUGUUUGUGUUUUAAUGUUUAACCAGCAUCACUCCUGUUUACCUGACUCUGUCAGCUGAUCUCUGACCUCAUACUGUCUGUGUGACAUCAUGUAAACGCUUGAUUUAUUUAAUAUAUCUGCCUGUUUGUGUGAAGAAUCAAUAAAUGAUCAAUGAGCUGA